AUACAGGAAACUGUGUAUUUAAUGUUCAUACACACUCAGUUGUUGCAGACUUUUAUUAUGAAGUAACAUCUCAAAUAAAGACACUGUCAGGUCACUUAAAGAAACCACAACUCCCAUGAUUCCUAGCAAGUCUGACCUGAAUCCUAAUCUCCAGUUUCACAUCAUUUCUUUGUCUAAAAAUAAAUGUUUAGUCACAAACACAGCUGCAUGUAUGAAGAAAAUGAAGGAAGGUUUUUGAGUGCUUGUACUAGUUGAAGUUAGGAUCCGGUUGGAUUAAACCAUUCAGUAGGGGUGAUGGACUAUACCACUGUAAAUGAUCAUAUUUCCCAUAAUAAUACACUAACAUAAAUAUGGAUUCACCUGCAUUGAGGACGUGUUUUGGAGAAAUUGGCUUCUGGUCUGAGCGGACACCAGUGCAUGAGGCUGCGUCUUCAGGACAGGUUGAGAAGCUGCAGCUUCUGGUUGAUAGUGGUGCUUCAGUAAACCUAGCGACAGUAGACAAUAUGACCCCGCUCCACGACGCCUGCAUACAGGAUCACGCAGAGUGCGUUCGAGUGCUUCUGAAUGCCGGCGCACAGGUGGAUGUACGGACUAUUCAUGGUAGCACUCCUCUGUGCCAUGCGUGUGCAGCAGGCAGUGUGGAGAGUGUGAGACUGCUUCUGGAGCAUGGAGCUUCAGUGAAUCCCUCCCUCACGGCCCUCACGGCCUCCCCACUGCAUGAGGCCUGCAUACGAGGUAAUCCAGAAUGUGUGAAGCUGAUUAUAUCAAAAGGAGCCCUGCUGGAGGCUUUCGACAUUCACUUUGGGACGCCGCUGCACAGCGCCUGCGCUAAAGCACAUCUGGAGUGCGCCUUACAGCUGCUCAAUGCAGGUGCCCGUGUGAAUGCCACAAAGUUCCAUGAGACGGCUCUGCACCACGCAGCGAGAGCGGGUCGGACGGACCUGAUUGAGCUGCUGGUGGAGUUUGGUGGAGACGUUAACGUCAGUGACAACAUGGGACGGAAACCGAUAGAUUACACGGCCCCUGGAUCCCCAUCUCACAUCUGUCUACAGCGCUAUGAGAGUUGUCCUCUGUCUCUACAGCAGCUGAGUCGUAUCACACUGAGGCGUGUCCUGGGCACCAGAGCGCUGCAGGUCAUCACCCAACUAGACAUCUCACAACGUAUCAUCAGUUACCUCUGUUACAGCUAAUACAGCUAAACAACUUCAUGCGAGUUGAUUGUGUUUCUGUGAAAAUGACAGUAAUGAGUAUGAACUUGGUUAGGAGGCUCAGGGGGAAAAUAUGCUCAACUAAACAUUUUUAUGCUGUGACCAGCUGCUGGUUGUCUUUAAAUAUGCUGCAAGGAAUAUUUUCCAUUGUCUUAAGGUGCAUCAAUCAAACUGCUUGAUGUAACGUGCAAACGUUUGAUUUAAUGUGCAGAAGACAUUUAAUCCAAGUUUGGCUUUAGGUUUGUUCCUUCAGAGAUAAGCCCGAAAAAGAGUCCCAUGUCUCAUGUAACGGAUAAAUAAUUUGUGUAGAAACUCUGUAAAUUGUGAUAUUAUCAAAAGUAAGUGCUGGAUUCAGAACGUUGUACAAUUUUGGGAUUUGUUUCCUCAAAAUGAGGAACCUUCAGUCACAACUUUUGCUUUGUCUUUACCUACAUUUACAUUUACAUAUUCAUUUAGCUUUUAUCCAAAGCGACUUACAAAUGAGGAAAUACAAGCAAAGCGAUAUAUCAAGCGGAGAACAAUACAAGUAGUGCUGCCAUACAAGAUCUUUUAAUUGACUUCUAGAGACGCAGAAUGCGUAGAGCGAAUUUUUAUUUUCAUUUUUUUUUUUUUAAAUAUAAGUGGGGGAGGAGUAAGUUAGGGGUUAGUUAGGUGUUCACGGAAGAGGCGGGUCUUGAAUUUGAUGCAGGCGGAUACAGGAGCUGCUGCAUUCUGAAUCAUCUGAUAAAUAAGUUAAUCAAUUUAAGCUAGAUAAUGAAUAAAUUAACUAGAGACUGAAAACUUUUUUGAGUUGUAAAAUUUAGGGGUUUCAACAGGAAAACUACUAAAUUAACAAUCGUGUUUGUAGAUAAACUGUAAAACAAUGAUUUCAGUUGUUGUUUUUUUUCCCAUCAUUUCACCUGCAAGUACAGUUAGCCUGUAAUUAAAGUUUAUAUCUUAACAUUUUUCAACAUUGAAGAUGAUAUGUAUAUAAGGUUAUGGGGGGCGCAUGAUGGCAUAGUGGUUAGCAUGUUUGCCUCGCACCUCUGGGGUUGGGGGCUCGAAUCUCAUCCCUGCCCUGUGUGUGCAGAGUUUGCACGCUCUCCCUGUGCUUUGGGGGUUUUCUCUGCGUACUCCGGUUUCCUCCCCAGUCCAAAGAUAUAUGUUCUAGGCUGACUGGCAUUUCCAAAUUGUCUGUAGUGUGUGAUUGUGCCCUGUGAUGAGUUGGCACCCCAUCAAUGGUGUCCCCUGCCUCAUGCCCCGAGUUCCCUGGGAUCAGCUUCAGGCUCCACCGCAACGCCAUGUAAAUGGUGGAUGGGUUAUAUGUUAAAUUGUUUGUUAGAUUUGUAUUUUGUUAGAAUUUAUUAUAUUUUAUUAUUAAAUUGUAAUAUGCAUUCAAAAUAUCAUUUGGGGAACAGGGUCAUAAAUUCAAAAUGACCUUUGGCAGUCACUAUUACAAUAUCACUGAAAAUAAAAGAA